AUGGCGUGGCGGGCGAGCCUAUCCCGGAACGUGAAGGAGAUCCGCUUCCUCUUCUGCCAGUCUUCCCCUGCCAGCGGCCCCGCCCGGGAGUUCGUGAAGAAGAACUACGGUGACAUCAAGACCCGCAACCCCACCCUCCCCGUCCUCAUCCGCGAGUGCUCCGGCGUCCAGCCUCAGCUCUGGGCGCGCUACGGUAAGCAGCCCUCGAUCCCAUCUUUCCCGGGAACCCGAGAUCUUGCUCUUGCCAUGGUUCCCGGGAGGGUCUGUUCCGGUCUAUUGAUCUUCGGAACCCUCGCAUCUUGCAAGUGUGAAAUGUUUCUGUUGGAACUACCGGAUCUUGUUAUCUUGGGGGACAUGGCAAGUGGGGACUUGGGACCUGUCCAGAUAUCCAUGUCAGUCUAUGAUUGCCAAAAAUCUGGAAUGCUUGAUAACUUUGGAAAUUUGACCAAGUUUGAGCUUGUCAGACAAGAUGAUAGAACCAAAACUGCAGAUAAACGUGGAUAA